AUGGGUUUGAUUCUCAUGGUUAUGCAUGAUCGGAGGUGGAGGUCAUGUCAACCGGCUUCUGCCUCCUGGAUGAUCCAUGCUGGCGCCAUUUUCGCGGCUAGCACCAUCUACAAAGACCAAGUCAAGGCUGCCCCACGGGCGCGGGGAAAUGCGACCAUCAACUCUUUUCAAAAGUCCGAUCGGCAUCUCACACCGGGAGCUCACGUCGUCAUGGCGGGGCUCGACAUCCAAAAGGCCUCGAAUAACCAUCUCAAAGCUGUCAUGGCGCCUCCAACGUUGACAGCGCCCCAGUUCGAACAUCACCACAACGGCCUUGGUGUGGACAGCGCUACACCCCGCAUCUCGUGGCGCUUUGAGACUUCCUCUUCCACAACGCCUGGCUGGAUUCAAGCCGGCUACGAUAUCGAGGUGACCUUUGCCUCUGCGCCUGAAACCCCCAAUGUCUUCUCCAUCCGAAGCGACCAGUCCGUCCUAGUGCCCUGGCCGGCCAGACCCCUAGCAUCUCGUGAGCAGGCAACCGUCAGGGUACGUGUCACGGGCAAGAGCAUCAACGGCGAUGUCCCUCCCGACAACGAGCCAGGUGCCUGGUCUGCUGCUUCGACCGUUGAGGCUGCACUCCUGGAAGUUGAUGACUUCACGGCAAACUUCGUCACAUCUGCCGAGCGAAUCGGACCCCAAGGGCCCCUGCAACCGAUCCGACUGAGGAAGACAUUCGCCCUCCCCGAGAACAUCACCUCGGGCGAGUCAAUCCAGGCUCGCCUUUACAUCACCGCUCUCGGCGUCUUCAACGUCUGGGUCAAUGGAAAGCCAGCCAGCGACGAGUGUCUCGCCCCCGGCUGGACCAGCUACCAUCACCGUCUAGCAUACCGCAUCCUCGACGUCUCAUCCCUCCUGCACCGCGACCAGGCCAACAUAAUCGUUGCCGAAGUGGCCGAGGGCUGGUAUGCCGGCCGCCUUGGCUUCGGGGGCGGCGAGCGUUUCCGCUAUGGCGAAGAGCUGGCCCUCGCCGCGCAGCUCGAGGUGCGCAGUGGGCUGGCCGGCACCUCCGAGUCCUGGACGCUCGUGACGGACAACUCCUGGACGGCGGCUGCCAGCGCCAUCACCUCUAGCGAAAUCUACGAUGGUGAGGUGUACGACCUCCAAAACGAGGCGAACGGCUGGAAUGAGGCGGGUGCGACUUGGCCCGGCGAGUCUGGCACAAAGACUAUCGCGAGACCUUCAACCCGGCUCGUAGCCCCUGAUGCAGGUCCCGUCAGGGUCACAGAGCAGAUCGCCUGCCAGUCGGUCUUCAAGUCAAAAAGUGGCAAGACCAUUCUCGAUUUCGGCCAGAACCUCGUUGGCAAGCUGCGCAUUCCCAAGUUGAAGAUCGGACAUGGCCAGACACUGACUCUCCGUCACGCCGAGGUGAUGGAGGACGGUGAGCUUGGCGUCCGGCCGCUUCGAAUCGCAAAGGCCACGGAUAUCGUCCGUGGUGCUACAGGGAAGACACUGCAAAACUGGUCGCCCAGCUACACCUUCCAUGGGUUUCGAUAUGUCCAGGUCGAGGGCUGGCCUGAGGGCGACCCAUCUGCCCAAGACAUCCACGCCCUGGUUAUACAUACGGAUAUGAAGAGGCGAGGCUUCUUCGAGUGCUCAAACUCCGCAGUCAACCAGUUACACAGCAAUGUGGUCUGGUCCAUGCGCGGCAACUUUGUGUCUAUACCAACCGACUGUCCUCAGCGUGACGAGAGGCUCGGCUGGACAGGGGAUCUGCAAGCAUUCGCGCCGACGGCGACAUUCCUCUACGAUACACUCGGCAUGUUGGGGAGCUGGCUCGAGGACGUCUCCGCCGAACAACUCACGCCAGAAGCAAACGGAAUCGUGCCCCUUGUCGUGCCGGAAGCCAUGCCUUCCAACUGGCCACGGGAGGCCAACUCUCAAGCCAUCUGGGGAGACGUUGCAGUUCUUGCUCCUCAAGCUCUCUACCAGCACAGCGCUGACAAAAAUCUCCUCGACCGCCAGUUUGACAGCAUGAAGGCCUGGCUCGACCGGGGCGUAGAGCGGGCUCCCGACGGCCUUUGGAACCCGGACAAGUUCCAGCUCGCCGACUGGUUAGAUCCCAACGCGCCACCGGAUGACCCCGCCAAGGCGUCAACGGACAGUGUUCUCGUCGCGAACGCCUUCCUCGUCCACGUCACCGACACCUUUGCUUCCCUCUGCUCAGCACUUGCCAAGGACGCCCUCGCUUCCGAGUAUACCGAGGCGGCGGCCAAGCUACGGCAUCAGUUCCAGCGACGCUACAUCACACCAGACGGCAACUUGGUCUCGCUCUCGCAGACGGGCGUCGCCCUGGCCGUCCAGUUCGGCCUCUAUCCCGCCGAGGAUGGCCCUCGCGCCCAGGCUGCCCUGACGCUUGACCAGCUCGUACGCAAGGCUCGGUUCCAUAUCAGCACGGGAUUUGCAGGCACGCCCGUCAUCGCCCACGCUCUCACCUCGAUCGGCCGGCCGCAGCUUGCCUACCGCAUGCUCCUCGAAACGGGCUGUCCGUCAUGGAUGUACCCCGUCACCCAAGGCGCCACCACCAUCUGGGAACGCUGGGACAGCAUGCUGCCCGACGGCCGCAUCAACCCGGGCGAGAUGACGAGCUUCAACCACUACGCUCUCGGCGCCGUCGCUGACUGGCUGCACGGGUCUGUGGCUGGCAUCUCGCCCCUGACGCCGGGCUGGAAGACGGUCCGCGUGAGGCCUGUGCCGGGCGGCAACUUGACGAGGGCGUCGGCAUCAUUCGAUGGCCCCUAUGGACUCGUCAGCAUCGCCUGGACGCUGAAGCGGGGUGAGGCGUUCCGCAUGGAGCUGACCGUGCCUCCCAGCUGCUCGGCUGUUGUGACGCUUCCUUCCGAGCUGCGGGGUGAUUAUAGCGUGGGUGAGGAAGCAAGUAGGGUGGUCAACUCGGGCGUGCAUGUGUUUGAGUGUAUUUGCAAUCUCGGCGCGUGGCCACCCAAGCCACUGGUCCAUCCCUUCAUGAUGCCACCAGAGGAGAGUCCCAUCGCUGGCGAGUAA